AUGGAACAAAUGUUAACAGAUUGGUCAGAGGCAAGUAUUUCAUCACCAUUUGCUGCUGUUACAAGUAUAUCUCCUGAUACGGAGCUGCAUGCUUACAAAUGGUCCGUACGUAUAAAUCGAUCUGAUAUUCUGCAUUGGUUUAAUACAUUUUAUGUUGUUCCAUCAUCCACGCCAACAAUAACAAUGACAGUUUGGUUGGAUUUGUAUCGAUCUGGUCAAUGCGCAUUAUUUGACGAUUUUGUAGCAUGGCAGACAUCAGGUUGGUUAGUGUCACCGCUUACAUCGUGUACGUGUCCAAUUGGCCUCAAGCAAUACACCUGUAAGCAUUCAGUUGGAUUAGGCAUUUUAUUCAACAUGUACCAAGUGACGGACAGCACACUUUGUGAACCAUUGGGUAAGAGAAAAGGUAAAGGUCGUCCGAAAAAGGUUCGUACAGCUUUGUUGCUAUAA